AUGCCUUUCCUCGUGCUCUUCCUCGUCCUGGCGAUGGCCCUCUUUUCGGGGGCGUCCCAAGUCGCCAAAGAGACUGGACUUGGCGCCCUUCAAGCUGUCGAUCCCGAUGAAACGGAAUGGGCAGCUGCAACCUUUUCUCUGCAGGCUUCCCAUAUCAUCGCUGAUCCUCCGGCAGGCUCGUCACUCAGCGACAUUUGGGACCUCCCACCUGGCCUAAUCUUGUGCAACAAGACCACAGACACGAAGAUCUUGCACAGCGACGUGGACAAUCUCGUGACCAGCCUCUACGCGGGCAAGUCAAGCGCAGCUCUCUUGCGAGCGGGGACUGGGGAACUGUGGAAAAUCGUCCACAAGGCUGGUGAUGUUUGGCGAGGCACCCAGAUCUACAUCUGCAAUUUUGGCGAGUUCGAUGUUCCCUUCAGUGUUGCCGAAUACGACAUCGUCAACGACUUACUCAAUGACCGUUGCCGCGACUUGGGUGGAUGGGUGUUCUUCAUCAAAUGGGCGAUCUGGGUGGGUCGAGAUGCGACCAACGACGACGGGACGUUUCGCUGGGUUUGUGGCAAUUCGCCACCUCCUGGUGGCUCCCCGGGUCCGAUCAGAUUGAUGGAUCUAAUGGGAAAGGACGUGACAUCGUGA